AAAUGCUACGGUCAGAUUGAGACGCUGAAUCCACCCCUGAUGAAAAUCAAAUGUACGUGUCUUUAGAAGAGAGCAAUGUAGCCAAUGUCGAACCGUCGAACUGUGCAUACGUAAUUAAAUCAAUUAAAGUUAGAUAAAUAGAGGGAAAUCAAGUUCGGAGCGGUAAUUAACGAGAACGUACAGGAAACGCAUAACUAUACGUAUGCGCGUGACCAAUAUUUGACGUCUAAGAUGAUUUAGAGGGGAAACCAAGUGCGGAGUGAAUAAUAACAAAGGUAUAGGGGAAACGAAGAACUAUGUAUGCGUGUCGUAUAUUGCACGUACAGGCUGCUAAUAAAUAAUCCAUGCGAAACAGGAUACUGACAAGUGUUAAUUGGAUGUUCAAGUAAAUACUAUAUAUAUUGCGGAUCAUUGCCAGUUUCAAGAGUAAGAGUUGAAAGUUAUAGUUGUGCAAGAAAGAAUCAAGUCGAACAAGGUAAAACAUUUUAAACCUAGACAAGAAUAUUUAUAUCACAUCUACCAGUGCUUGUUCUAUAAUAUGAAUAUUGAAAAUAUGCAUGAUGCCUGUGGCAGUGUGGCCUGGGUUCAUAAUUGAUAGCGUGUAGAUCGAUUUGGUAGCGUGUUGUGCCCUAGUUAAAGUCCGCAGAAAAUUACAUAUUGCAAAUAUGCCAUCUCAUGUAAUCUUGUUUCACUUUGGCAUUUAGAUUGUAUGAAUGAGAAAAUAUAAAAUUAGAGCCAUGUGAUAGUCAAGCUAGUUGCAAGGGAAAAAUGCCACUGGCGUGAUAUUUAACAGCAGUUUUCGCUUGCUUUCCUAGAUAUUUACGAGAAUGACUUAUUUGAGGUAUGCAUUCGCCCUUGUUGUCAUGGUAAGUAUUGAUGAUGGUAACUUGUUAUCUUAAUUAAAUUAAAGAAAUUAUUUAUGUUUGCAUCCUUUAAAUGUUUGCACCAAAUAUUUACGAUUGCAUUCGAAUAUGCAUUACAUAAUUAUAUAUAAUACAUACCUAAGAUUAAAAUUUACAGCAAAUGGGCCGCAAAUGGCAAACUUCAGUCUUAAAAGCUUCAAACCAUAUUUAAACAGUUGGCUCAACAGUUGGCUGUUUGAAUUAAGUUAGUGUAAUUUGUGUGUUAAAAUUGAAGCAUGAGUAAGGACCUAUAGGCAGCUACUUAGCUAGAGAAAUCUUGUAGAACGCAUACCACCAACUGACUGCAAUUUUACUAUAAAAAUGUUUGAGAAGCUAUAAGACUAAGAAUGUAGACCUAGCUCCCAGGAAAUAAAAUGAAUAAAAUGAAACUUUAUUUAUGAAUACUAUACACUUUAAUAAUUGUGUAGUCAACAGACAAUUUUAGAAAGCUUGAAAUAAUCGCAGUUCGCGGUGGACAGCGCUAUUCAGCCUUUGCACAACCGACCAAGUUAAGGUCUCUAAUAAAACAUUAAUGCGGAUUGAAAAGUGCUUGUAGUACUUGUCAAUGCAUGAUCAUGACACUGAACACACCAAUAUUACAUGCAUGAAUAAUGUAUAAUUUUCAACAGGGGAACACACUCGUUCCCCCCAUUGUUUCAACUUUCCAGCCCAUAGCCAGUUUCCUUAAUUGCUACAAAUGCCCUACAAAUGUCUCCAACCCAGAAAAGAAAUUAUUUUGUGUUUUUACUUCGUGUAUACUGUAAUCCUUUUUAAAUGCAAUAUUCUUAAAUUAUUAUAAACAUCUUGGGCUUUAGAGCAUGACUGCUCGGAAUGCAUAUAUGAGUUGCGUUGAAUAGCGCGGCGAGUGCAUGCGCUUCCGGACUGUCACUUACAUACUUGUACGCUCGAUCAUCAAGCUUUUCGACUUCCCCUCAAAAUAUAUGAGUUGAGUGUUUCUUGACAUCGAAUGCCUCUAAUCCUUUAUUACCCUCUCUCUCAACGAUAAGUCCCCCUACUCUUAAUUUUAAGCACUCGUCACUGUUAAUCCCACCCCUCUCUCACGUGCAGGGGCGUAGGAACCGGGGGGGGGGGCACAGGGGGCACGUGCCCUCCAAAUGUUUUCAAGGACCAAAAGUGCCAUUUUUUGUGAUGAAAAGUGCCCCGUUUUUGAACAAGCUAAUGUCGCUGUAAAUACUAAAUUAAACAUCAAAGGUGCCCUUUUUGUUUGCACAUUUCGAUGUUUUAAAAAACAUUUGGUCAAAAACGCGCAAUUUUGGUAUAGUUCGGACGGGGAGUGAAUUCCAAACGUCUCAAUAUAUUUUAUGGAUGAUCAAAGUGAGCCUAAAGAAGCGUUCGUAAAACGGAUUUAGUACACCUUACACUAAAUGACGAAUGAAUAAAAUACACUAACUUUACGUAUGCCAAACUGAAUGAUUGUCGAUACAGUAUACAAUAGAUUAUGUUUUCAUUUCUGUUUGUUAAUAUUAAUAUGUAUACAUAUCAAUAAUUUUAGGCAAUGGUGUCCUUAUAUCCAACACCUACCAGCGGUGAGUUUAACGAGUCUGUUGUUCAAUAUAUCAUUUAUUAUAGAGUUCUUGCAUGCAUAUAUGGAGACAAGGGCGUUAAUUCUGGGAGUAAGAGGAUCAUAGGGCGGAGGGGCAUGCCUAUAGUGUGACGCAAUGACAUCUCUCUACAUUUUGAAGACGUAAAUAAAUUAAUACAAUUAUAUUACUUAUUCUAAUUCAAUUCUUAUACUAAUUCAUCAGGUAAUUAUCCAAUGAAGUUCGUCAAAUCCUGUCACACACCUCGUUAAAGUCGGCUGCGUAUUAUGCAUUAUAUGCAUGUAUCUUGAUCACAUGUAUUUUUGUCAUGUAUAAAUGUACAUGUAAUCUCGCCUUUGGCUCGAGCAUAGUCUGUCAAGAUAUGAUGGUCUGGAAGCCCACACAGCAAACUUCAAAGCUACAAAAUAGAAGGCUUUGUUUGAUGUUGAACAGUAUAUCACCGUGCACAAAUCCUUUGUCUCAAUUUUAUUAAAUAUUAGGCAACGUUUACACUGUACCGUUUUCGUAGCGUUCUCGUAUUGUUCUUAAUCCUCAAGGGAACGCAAGACAAUAGUCUAGUUCUCUCGAACAAUACGAGAACGCUACGAAAACGGUACAGUGUAAACGCUGCCUUAGUCAUCGUGGUUGUACGUUUCAUGUCAGCUAUUCCUAUUGGACGGUCACUUAAUUAUACGAAAAUACAAUGAACUCAAUCACCGUGACCGUGCACAAAUUAACAUACUCAGGCAAAAACAUAAUAGCUACAACGACUCAAUCUGCUUAGUUUCCAGACCAUCACAAUAUCUUGACAGACUAUGUGGCUCGAGUCUUUAUACAAUGAUAAAGCCCUAUAGCUCUUGCUCGGUUUGCUCCACCCAAACAAUUUCUAUUCUUUAAUUGUUUGCGAUCAUGUAACUUUUCAUCCAAAUGACGGGCAGUCAAACAACUUGUGGGCGAUUUUUCUCCUAUCCAAAUUGUUGUAGAAAGAAAAACUGAAUGGUAAUUCAUCUUUUGAGUCGAAAACUGUCUCUAAACUCGAUCAAUGCAUUAAAAUAGCCGGUUCUUGUUAUACCUGCCCAUCAACUGAAAUCCCAAAAUUACGUCAUUGCAAACAUGAAUGGCACGAUAGAAACAAAAUAUAACGGAUAAAACCAUCAAUUUUAAACUAGCUAAAAAAAUCAAACUGGACAUUACAAUAACCUCACUUGGCCAAUUCUUUAUCUUUGUAUUAAAAUAUAUUAUUCUCACAUAUACUGUAUAUACCGACCUGUUGUUAUGGUAUAAUUAUUUGGUAAAAUGCCCAUCGUUCCAUUGUUAUAGAUUUUGCCCCAAGAAUUUCGCCACUGACACUAACCGUUGUCACAAAUACCAAUGCAAAGUGCAAACAUAUAUUAAAGAAAAAACAAUUUUCCCACUUUCUUAAUUAAAAAAGAAACUUACACGUUGCAAGUUUUCGGGCAGUAUACCAUGAAGUAUCCAUGCAGUAAAAGUUGAGUUGGAUAGAUUCCCUAUUGAAUGGCAUGGUAUAGAAACAAAUUAGAACGGAUAAAACCAUGCCGAUAAAUUUGUACUAGGCCUAGUUAAAAAAGGUCAAAUUAAAACAUAUUACAUAUAUUCUCACAUACUGACUGACUUAUUGUACAAAUUAUUUAGUAAAAAUGUCCACCGUUUCGUAGUAACCAUGCAAACAUAUUAAGAAAAAUGCAACCACAAUAAAACAAUUAAAAGGGUACUAAUUAAAUUUUCUAAAGAACAAGUCAGAAACAGCUCGGAGUCUGUAGGAGAUAUACACGAAUUUAUUAUAUAGUAGAGAGUGAGAUACUGAAAAAUACACAGUGAGAUAUUUUCCAUAUCUUCACUAGUGAAGAUAUCGAUCACGUGACUUUUUCCAAUUUGCUUUUGAGCGUGAAAUUUCACAAUUUUUUGCUUGGGACUAUAUAAUAAACAGAACAUUACACGGUAGCUUGAAGAUAUGACUUUCAUCUUCUCGUGUUAAAAACAAUAUUUUACUCGGCACUCGUUGCGCUCGUUCGUAAAAUAUUGUUUUCACCACUCGAAGAUAAAAGCCACACCUUCGCGCCGCCGUGUAACAUCCUCUAUAUACCUAAAAAUAUACAAAAAGAACUUCGACGUUUCGAGCGAAGGACGCAUGAGUAGUUCGAAGUUGGCUUCUAACUUUCAGACGACUGAAGGCCUUCGCUUGUAUUUUUCAGGUAGUUGUUUCUCUCCUUCAAAACUCUGCUGUUUCUACUCAUCGAAAUUUUAACGAGUCUCAAACACUGUCAUGCACUGAUCACUUUGUGGCAGCAAACCAUGUAAUCACAAAACAUGUGAACCACGGACACAUUAUAAUAUACUUAAUAUCAGUAUUUUUUGCAUCAAUUGGUGUGGGUGGAAGCUGCAUGCAUGCUGGGAUUUAAAAUUACGUAAUUCGAAUGCCUUUUGGGCAUACAAAAAUAUAUGAAAUUUGUGCAUACAAAAAUAUAGGAAUAACUAAUUAUAAUAAGGAGACAUGCAAAUUAUUAUGGGUGAAUUAAAAGUGACCUACAGACUGUAUUUCGAGAACUUAUAGGGUUACGCAUGACAAAAAUAUAGGAAAAAAUGAAAACCUGUCAAUAUAGUCAAGGAGUGGAAAAGUUAAAAAGGGUUUAUAAUCCUAUACGUGCUGUAACAAAGCAAGUCUACUAUUAAUUAUUGAACACAAGUUGUUGAUGUUUUUGGUUCAAGUGGUUUUUUUGGUUAUAAGUUAGUCGUCAAAAGUUACACCCAUGCAGUACUUAUAGAUUAUUUCAUUUGAGUGUGUAAGCGUGCUACCAUUGAAACUGACUGACAGACGUCGAUCAGAAGUAUUUCAUUGUUGUUGGAUUGAAUGGAUUAUAAUUAAUAUGAUAAUUAAUGAAAUUUAUGUAAUUGUUAUAGAUAAUGAAUAAAAGUAUCUAUACGUGCAAGAUGUAGAACAUUUUUAAGGCGCAUAAAUUCUGACUCGGUAUUCCUAUUUUAUUUCUCUUCCUUUAGCAAAAUGCCCGCUUUUCAAGUGUUCGAGGCCUUGUCCUCGCGGAUAUGUUACUUUUAACGGUUGUCGACUUUGUCUGUGUAAAAGUAAGUUGACAGUAUAAAGUAAGUUUAUAAAGUAUAAAAUAAGUCUAAGUCGUAAUCUCUCGGGGCACAUAUUUAUUUCAAGUGUCGUUUAAGGGGCUUGAGAAAGGGAAGAGGUGGAUGAGACUAACUUGAUUACAAAUUUGACAAAGAUAACAUAAGCUAAGCUCCUAUAUGAGCUACCUGACCUUUAAUAGCUGAUCAGUAGCCGACGAGCUACAUUAGUGACAAAAAGCUUUUGGACCGUGAUAUACUAUAUAGGUGUACAUUACAAAAUACUGUCCAGCAUAAUAACAUCACCUUGGGCUGUCUGUGCACAUUGUGCCAGUGUAGCUGUCGUAGAUGCCAUUACUAAAAAAUGCAAAGUUGGUUAAAACAACCAAAGAAUUGGUUGUCUCAGAUUCAUUUUGUUUCUUAUAACAGAUGAUUAAUUUAUUGGUUAUCUUAACCAAUCGGUUUUUACAGUGUAAUCAGUGGUGUAUAGAACUGAAACGAUAACAAGGGGGGUUGUUAAAGGGGAGCGGGCCGGUGACAAGAUGUGAGGGUGACAAUUAAGGCGUGGAGGGUGCAACAUGGUAAACAUGGAAAGUUCCAGCAUUAUUUUGGUUCUGGUAAUUCUUCAAUUAGUGUUUUUUGCAGAAAGGACUUAACUUCAAAUAAUAGAUUCCGAUAUACCGAAGCUAUUUCACGUUGGAGCCACAUACAUGACAUAAUAGUAUGCUCAUAGUAAUCAAUUAGUACAGAUUACUAACACCAUUCCCGCAUCAUUUUAACAGUACAGUUGCAAAGAACUUUCCAGGUUAUGGUUAUGCAAUCUGCAAAAAUGUUGUGAGGUCAGCCCCCCCCCCAAAUCUGCAUGAAAUUUUAACAAGGCCUGAGUCCCCCCUGAGCUCCCCCUCUUCUACACCCCUGAGUGUAAUAAUAUAGCAACAACUAUUAAUCUUGAUUUCAGGAGCAACAUGUCCAUAUUUGAAGUGUUUUAGGGCUUGUCCGCUAGGAUAUGUUAUUGAUAAAAAUGGUUGUCGAACUUGCACUUGCAAAAGUAAGUGAAUAUUAUAAUCUACAUACAGCUGCAUGAGCGACUGCAUAUACUUGCAACAGGAGUCGAGUGGUUGUAUAGUCAUCAAAUGCAACAUGCACGUACAGUAUACAUAUAUAGCUCGUGAUUCGCAAAAUGUAAUCAGGAGGAUUUUGUAUUUUUGAAUAAUGCAAUUAUGGUUAUAUCAUAAGCUCGACUUGUGAGUAGCUGACCAUGCGUCGAACUGACGAGAUGCGCAAAGCACUCAUCACUUCAGACUCUGAUUCAAUUGCUCUCUACAGACUCUACUGUAUUUUAGAACUUCCAGUCUGUUCACUACCAAUACGAAGAAACUAUAGUGUUGUUUAAUUUAAAUAUAUAGUUCUGCAUAAUUAUAUAGGAAUCAUGAGCUCAAGUCGUAUGAUAACUGACGACGACAUGCAUGCGUGCAAGCACAUCAUGUCACCACUGCUCUUACUAUUAUACCUGAUUUACUUCUAUAAUUACACACGACAUGAUUAUUUCAAACUUAUAUUAUUUGCAAAUCUUUCACAAAUAUUGUAAUAUAAUUUGGUGCUAAAACAACCGGAAAUUUCAAUAUAAAGGUUUGAUUAAAAUUAUUACAAUAAUAUACGGUCAGUUUUUUGAAAUAAAGUUAUGAAUAGUGGUUUUAAAAUAUAUUCUCUUUACUUUUUCAGCACAAUAAAUUUUUUCUUUGCUUUGGUGGAAAGUCUUGUCCUUCGAAUCUAUCAUUAAUACUGUUCUAAUAUUGCUUUUAUUUAUAGGUGCUCCAAUAUGCCCAGUUCAUUUGUGUAUACAGCGUCUUUGUCGUUAUGGAUUUAUGAAAGAUAAAAAUGGUUGCCCAACUUGCCAAUGUAACAUUAGACGUAAGCACUCCAGUAAUAUAGCCGCGAUGCAUGUGUACCAUGGUUCUCUUUUACCAUUUUAAAAUGAAACACACCACAUUUAAGAAAUAAAUAAAUCAAACUUGAAUAAUUAAAUCAUAUUAUAACCUACAGUUGUUGAACGUACAGCCCCUCCCCUUAAUUGCUUGACGAAAUUCAAGAUUUUUUUCAAAUUUUGGCGCCAUUUCGUUUUUUUUUGUUAUUUUUCAUACAAAAAUGUUCUGGGGGAGAAUUCCUCGAUCGUGGAGGGCACCUCCCUACUAUUAUACAAUCAUACAACACCACACUAAACUGAAAUGAUCUCUCUACACAAAUAUUGCUUUAUAUUUUAACAGAACCAAUCUGUUUACCUCGCUUGUGUGUAAGGCCUUGUCCCCUAGGAUAUGUUGCCGAUAAAAAUGGUUGCCAAACUUGUAUCUGCAAACGUAAGUUAACCUAAUUUGUUUUUAAGUAGUGUUAUACCUAGGUAUAAUAUAUAUUAUGGCAUUGCAUUUAUUAACACUUAUUGACUAGGACCGAAAGAAACAGUAUAUAUGUUUUGUGCGCUCGAGACUGCCAAUGUUUUUUCAGACUUGGUAUAUACAAAUAAAUAUAGAUACUAAUUUAUUUAGCAACUGCAACAAUAUUGAGAAGUCAUGCAGCCCGCCCCCACCCAAAUCGCCAUGAAAUUUUGAACAAGGGAUGAGCUCCCCUGAGCUCCCCCUUUUCUACACCUCUGAGUGUAAUAAUAUAGCAACAACUACUGCUCUCGAUUUCAGGAUCGACGUGUCUAUAUAUUUGAAUUUUGUAUUAUUGAGCAUGCAAUUAUGGUUAUAUCAUAAGCUCGACUCGUGGGCGAGCUGACCAGUCUUAGGGAAGAAUACAAAAAUGUUCUGGGGGAGAAUUCCCCAAGACAUCCCUAUUAUUAUACAAUCAUAUAUACGACACCACACCUACCUUUUUGGAGACUUAUUAAGAGUGAAUUAAAAGUGACCUAUAUCAUGGAAAUCUUAUAUACACUAGAUAGUGCAUCUAAUUAUUCUGCAGUUCAAGAAUUGAAGCCGUGAUUGCAAUCUCAGGUCGUUCCCAUGAAAUUAGAAGAUUCGUAUGUUUUCUAUUUCUUAAACAGGGAACUUAAACAUUAAUUCGAAAUUCGUUUUUAAAAUAUUCAAAUGAUGAAAGUUAUUGUUGUUUUUAAGCGUUUAUUAGCAAGUGGGAAUGACCAACAUGGCUGCCAUCUAUUCAAAUGGGGGUAACCGCUGGAAUAUUCUUGGCUUCAAUUUUACUAAAAGAGAUGCGCUAUCUAGUGUGUAUAAGAUAUCUAUGACCUAUACAGACUGCAUUUCAAGAACUUAAAAUAGGGUUAUAUGCAUGGCAAAAAUAUAGAAAAAAUGGUUGUCGAACUUGCACUUGCAAAAGUAAUUCUAAUUUUAUACCAAUAAGUGAAUAUUAUAAUCUACAUGCAGCUGCAUGAGCGACUGCAUAUACUACCUGCAUGCACCAGGAGUCGAGUGGUUGUGUAGUCAUCAAAUGCAACAUACACGUAUAGCUAUAUAGCUCGUGAUUUGCGAGAAUAAACUACACGUUUAUGUAAUCAGGAGGAUUUUGUAUUUUUGAAUAUGCAAUUAUGGUUAUUUCAUAAGCUCGACUUGUGAGUGGUUGACCAUGCGGCAUGCGUCGAACUGACGAGAUGCGCAAAGCACAAAUUAAUCACUUCAGACUCUGAUUCAAUUGCUCUCUACAGACUCUACUGUAUUUUAGAACUUCCAGUCUGUUCACUACUAAUACGAAGAAACUAUAGUGUUGUUUAAUUUAAAUAUAUAGUUCUGCAUAAUUAUAUAGGAAUCAUGAGCUCAAGUCGUAUGAUAAGUGACGAUGACAUGCAUGCGUGCAAGCACACCAUGCCACCACUGCUCUUACUAUUAUACCUGAUUUACUUCUAUAAUAACACACGACAUGAUUAUUUCAAACCUAUAUUAUUUGCAAAUCUUUCAAAUAUUGUAAUGUAAUUUGGUGCUAAAACAACCGAAAAUUUCAAUAUAAUGGUUUGAUUAAAUUAAUUAUUACAAUAAUGUACGGUCAGUUUUUUGAAAUAAAGUUAUACUGCAGGUUUUAAAAUAUAAUAUCUUUUCAGCACAAUAAAUUUUUUCUUUGCUUUGGUGGAAAGUCUUGUCCCUUCGAAUCUGUCAUUAAUACUGUUCUAAUAUUGAUUUAUUUAUAGGUGGUCCAAUAUGUCCAGUUCAUUUGUGUAUACAGCGUCUUUGUCGUUAUGGAUUUAUGAAAGAUAAAAAUGGUUGUCAAACUUGUAUUUGCAAACGUAAGUUAACUUAAUUUGUUUUUAAAGUGCAUAUGACAUGAAAUUUCUUAUUUUCUUAAAUGAAAGAACUCUUUAAGUGUAGUGUAACUUUUUUUUCAGUUUCUUGUCUUUAUGGUUUGUUCCCGAGAUAUUUCAAUUUGUUUGAUGUGUAAAUGAUUGUGAAUAUCUCCGCUAAUUUAUGACGUCAUGUUGGUUGCAAGCUCAACUUACACUGGUUAUAAAUGUAUUAACUCUAAAAACUGUUGAUAUCAGUUUACGUUUUUCUCCAGUGUUUCAUCACAUUUACCAGUGAGUGAAGUUUGAAAUUAUCAUCUUGGAUGAUAGCACUGAUAUUCAACCAUUUUGAAGAGCUAGCUUGCAACCAACAUGACGUCAUAAAUUAGCGGACAUAUUCACACUCAUUUACAUAUCAAACAAAUUGAAAUAUCUCGGGAACAAACCAUAAAAACAAGAAACUCAAAAAUAAGUUACACUACAACUUAAAGAGUUCUUUCAUUUACCAAAAUAAAAAAUUUCAUGUCAUAUGCACUUUAAGUAGUGUUAUACCUAGGUAUAAUAUAUAUUAUGGCAUUGUAUUUAUUAACACUUAUUGACUAGGACCGAAAGAUCGAAACAGUAUAUAUGUUAUGUGCACUCGAGACUGCCAAAUAUGUUUUUUUUCAGACUUGGUAUAUACAAAUAAAUAAAUAAAUACUAAUUUAUUUAGCAACUGCAACAAUAUUGAGAGGUCAUCCCGCCCACUCAAAUCGGAUUUGGAGACUUAUUAGGAGUGAAUUAAAAGUGACCUACAGACUGCAUUUCAAAAACUUAAAAUAGGGUUAUAUGCAUGGCAAAAAUAUAGAAAAAAUGGUUGUCGAACUUGCACUUACAAAAGUAAGUGAAUAUUAUAAUCUACAUGCAACUGCAUGAGCGACUGCAUAUAUAUUGCAGCAGGAGUCAAGUGGUUGUAUAGUCAUCAAAUGCAACAUACACGUAUACUUACAUAUAUAGCUCGUGAUUUGCGAAAAUAAACUACACGUUUAUGUAAUCAGGAGGAUUUUGUAUUUUUGAAUAUGCAAUUAUGGUUAUAUCAUAAGCUCGACUUGUGAGUGGUUGACCAUGCGUCGAACUGACGAGAUGCGCAAAGCACUCAUCACUUCAGACUCUGAUUCAAUUACUCUCUACAGACUCUACUGUAUUUUAGAACUUCCAAUCUGUUCACUACUAAUACGAUCGAAGAAACUAGUGUUGUUUAAUUUAAAUACAUAGUUCUGCAUAUAUAGGAAUCAUGAGCUCAAGUCGUAUGAUAACUGACGACGACAUGCUUGCGUGCAAGCACACCAUGCCACCACUGCUAUUACUAUUAUACCUGAUUUACUUCUAUAAUAACACACGACAUGAUUAUUUCAAACCUAUAUUAUUUGCAAAUCUUUCAAAUAUUGUAAUGUAAUUUGGUGCUAAAACAACUGAAAAUUUCAAAUAAAGGUUUGAUUAAAAUUAUUACAAUAAAAUACGGUCAGUUUUUUGAAAUAAAGUUAAAGUGGUUUUAAAAUAUAUUGUCUUUAAUUUUUCAGCACAAUAAAUGUUUUCUUUGUUUUGGUGGAAAGUCUUGUCCCUUCGAAUCUGUUAUUAAUACUGUUCUAAUAUUGCUUUAUUUAUAGGUGCUCCAAUAUGCCCAGUUCAUUUGUGUAAACAGCGUGUUUGUCGUUAUGGAUUUAUGAAAGAUAAAAAUGGUUGUCAAACUUGCCAAUGUAACAUUAGACGUAAGCACUGCAGUAAUAUAGCCGCGAUGCAUGUGUACCAUGGUUCUCUUUUGCCAUCUUGAAAUGAAACACACCACAUAUAAGAAAUAGAUAAAUAAAACUUGAAUAAUUAAAUCAUAUUAUAACCUACAGUUAUAGAACGUACAUGCAGCCCCUCCCCCUUAAUUGCUUGACGAAAUUCAAGAUUUUUUCAAAUUUUGGCGCCAUUUUGUUAUUUUCCGUGCAGACGCGGAUUUGUACGGCGCUCUCACUAUAUCCAAAAUCUGUUUCAGAAAACGCACGAAGCGAGUCCUAUAGGGGUAAAAAAAGUACAAAAGGGCUCUGGUGGAGAAUUCCUCGUGACGGACACCUCCCUACUAUUAUACAAUCAUACAACACCACAACUUUUUGUCACCAUACAACAACCAUCUGUCAUCUCUUCACAGUUCACACUCAGUAUACAGGGUGUCUCAAAAAAACCGCUACCCUUGGAAAUUCACCAUUGUUCUAAUUUGAAUGCCUGAGUGCUAUCUUGAACUCAUGGGUGGAUGAACAAUUUGAAUGGAAUUUUAUGCUUGAGAAGUUAUUAUGUAAUUGAACGAUUUUCGUGCAGUUAUACUUUUGUAUGAACCUACUUUCAAUUCCCAGGAUAAACAAUUUCGCUUUUCAAGGAAGAUAUUUUAAUUCCGAAGAUCUUUAAUAUAUGUAUCCUGUGAAAAUGUUUACGCAUUCAUGGCUUCAACAAGGUUCAGGCAUUCAAAUUAGAACAAUGGUGAAUUUCUAAGGGUAGCGGUCUUUUGAGACACCCUGUAUAAUAGUAUGGUCCCUUUCUGUAGAUGCCGCCUCCCCCACUGACGAGUUCUUUAAUUAAAAAGGCCCUGCUACAUGAUGCAGCACUGAAAUGAUUUCUCUACAAAUAUUGCUUUAUAUUUUAACAGCACCAAUCUGUUUACCUCGCUUGUGUAUAAGGCCUUGUCCCCUAGGAUAUGUUACCGAUAAAAAUGGUUGUCAAACUUGUAUUUGCAAACGUAAGUUAACUUAAUUUGUUUUAAACACAUUUUUUAUUACUGAAACCAAACUCGAUAUAAACAACACUUUCCCUCCAUUUCUCGCUGCAUUAAACCGUAAGAUUUAAUGACCAAUACAAAUCUAAUUUGCCUUCAUACAGUAUAACAUGCAUGUUAGAAGUUACGUAUAACCUGAACCAUAAUUUACUGGUGCAUUAGGACUGGUAGAUAUAAUUAACUCAGUUUUAGAUAAAUUGCAGUGCAGAUCAACACGACCAAGCAAAAAUUGUUUGCAGGCCUGCAAUCCGUUGCCUUCACUUUUUGAACUUAAGUUCACACUCCAGAUAUAUUUCUCACUCUAGAUUUAUAUGGUGCUCACUUGUGUAAGUCGUGAUAUACCUAAGUAUAAUAAAUAUUAUGGCAUUAUAUUUAUUAACACUUAAAAUACUCAUUAAUAAUUCAUAAACCUUGUGGCAAACAUGUCAGCCAUAUAAUAUGUCACGUGGAGUGACUAUAUAUCUGAUAAAGCAUGUGGCAUUAUAUAAUUGUUCAUCCUCAUUAGUAUGAUUAUAUAAUGAAGGAUUAUAUAAUGAAUCAUCCUAAUUAGUAUUCUUUUGUAGUCGUAUUUUAAGCUAUUCAAAACACUCGGCGUUUUCGUGUUUUAUCAGACAUAAAACGUUCGGCUGCGCCUCGCGUUUUAUAUCUGAUAAAACACUCCUACUCGUGUUUUAAAUAGUACUUGUAUAUUGACUAGGACCGAAAGAAACAGUAUAUAUUUUGUGCACUCGAGAUUGCCAAUGUUUUUUUUCAGACUUGGUAUAUACAAAUAAAUAGAUACUAAUUUAUUUAGCAACUGCAACAAUAUUGAGAGGUCAGCCCCCCCCCCCCCCAAAUUGGCAUGAAAUUUUUAACAAGGACUGCUCUCGAUUUCAAGAUCGACUUGUCUAUAUUUGAAUUUUGUGUUAUUGAACAUGCAAUUAUGGUUAUAUCAUAAGCUCGACUCGUGGGUGAGCUGACCAGUCAUAGGUGGGGGGGGGGACAAAAAUAUUCUGGGGGAGAAUUCCCCCAGACCUCCCUAUUAUUAUAAAAUCAUAUAUACGACACCACACCUAACGUUUUGGAGACUUAUUAGGAGCGAAUUAAAAGUGACCUACAGACUGCAUUUCAAGAACUUAAAAUAGGGUUAUAUGCAUGGCAAAAAAAAUAGAAAAAAUGGUUGUCGAACUUGCACUUGCAAAAGUAAGUCAAUAUUAUAAUCUACAUGCAGCUGCAUGAGCGACUGCAUAUAACUUGCAGCAGGAGUCAAGUGGUUGUAUAUAGUCAACAAAUGCAACAUACACGUAUACCUACCUAUAUAGCUCGUGAUUUGCGAAAAUAAACUACACGUUUAUGAUCAGGAGGAUUUUGUAUUUUUGAAUAUGCAAUUAUGGUUAUAUCAUAACCUCGACUUGUGAGUGGUUGACCAUGCGUCGAACUGACGAGAUGCGCAAAGCACCCAUCACUUCAGACUCUGAUUAAAUUGCUCUCUACAGACUCUACUGUAUUUUAAAACUUCCAGUCUGUUCACUACUAAUACGAUCGAAGAAACUAGUGUUUGUUUAAAUUAAAUAAAUAGUUCUGCACAUAUAGGAAUCAUGAGCUCAAGUCGUAUGAUAACUGACGAUGACAUGCUUGCGUGCAAGCACACCAUGCCACCACUGCUCUUACUAUUAUACCUGAUUUACUUCUAUAAUAACACACGAUAUGAUUAUUUCAAACCUACAUUAUUUGUAAAUCUUUCAAAUAUUGUAAUGUAAUUUGGUGCUAAAACAAAUAACCGAAAAUUUCAAAUAAAGGUUUGAUUAAAAUUAUUACAAUAAUGUACGGUCAGUUUUUUGAAAUAAAGUUAUAGUGGUUUUAAAAUAUAUUCUCUUUAAUUUUUCAGCACAAUAAAUUUUUUCUUUGCUUUGGUGGAAAGUCUUGUCCUUCGAAUCUGUUAUUAAUACUGUUCUAUAAUAUUGCUUUUAUUUAUAGGUGCUCCAAUAUGUCCAGUUCAUUUGUGUAAACAGCGUCUUUGUCGUUAUGGAUUUAUGAAAGAUAAAAAUGGUUGUCAAACUUGUAUUUGCAAACGUAUGUUAACUUAA